AUGCCACUCGAACUUCAGGGACCACAUUAUUACUCCAUCGCUGAGCCAUUUAACAUGGAUACCGCCACCCAAGGGAAAGCAGGAGCUGGGGAGUCGUCCGCGUCGAUAGAUAAGAAUUUGCUAAAGCGAUUGGAUCGGUUUGAGGAGUUCAUAAGGAAAAGCCAAGGUUUGAACAAACAAGGAGGUCUGGACUACAACGAGCUGUGCCUAUUUUCGGAUAUGCAAUUGCCCAUGGGUUUCAAAACGCCCAAGUUUAGCAAGUAUGACGGAACAGGCAACCCCAAGACGCAUCUCCGAAUGUUCGCUAACAAGUUGGGCAAGCCAAUAGAUGACGAGAAUCUACCAGUUCGUUUGUUUCCUGAAAGCUUAGAAGGCGAUGCACUGGACUGGUAUUCCAAUUUGAAGGCUGAGGAUAUGAGGACAUGGAUGGACUUAUCAACCGCUUUUGUAAGGCAAUACGAAUACAAUUGCGAGCUGGCUCCAACGAGGACCAUAUUGGAGGGAACCAAGAGGAAACCAUCCGAGGACCACAAGACAUACGCGAAGAGAUGGAGGAAAUUGGCCGCCAAGGUGGAGCCUCCCAUGACUGAAGAUGAGAUUGUUCGUGCGUUCAUCAAAGCUCAUGACCCGCCCUAUUUUUGA